AUGAGCGAAUUCGCUGAAGACUCGUUUCGAUAUUCAUUUGAUCUCAAGAUGCCGGUGUUUAAUCGGUUUUCUUCGUUAGCCGAUGGUGACGGCCCGAGGAGGUUAAGAAAGCAACUGCUGGCCGUAUUCUGGGCGUCGAGUGUUGAGAAAUAUAUGGAGUCGUUGCACAAGUGGCAGAUAUACGGCAGCAAAAUCGUCAUCGUCGAUCUUUGUCAUACUUAUAACCACUCUGUGCGAUGUGACUCAAGCGGGGUCCAUCUUGCAUACCCAGAUCUUUUGCAGGUAACGCGCUUCUGUCUUUUUUUGGAUUUGAGCUGGCGUUCGUCCAUGCAUUUCAUCGACGCCCUGCGAUACGGCUGCGUUCCGGUGGUUGUGACCGACUCCGACGUUCUGCCGUUUCAUGAAGUACUGGAUUGGAAAAGAUACGUUUUCCAGAUCUUCUCCAAUCAACUGUCUGAUCUGCCUGAUAUCCUCAGCCACAAUAUUUCCAGCAGCAAGGCAGAAGUGAUGCGUAGUAAUGCGAAAUGCGUUUGGCAGUUGUACUUCAGCUCAAUGAGCAGAAUCGUGUUGACCGCCUUUAAGAUCAUUGAGGAUCGUAUUUUUACUCACCGCUCUCGGUCUUACGGGGAAUGGAACUGUGAUGAACGUAGGAUCGCCCUCGGUCGCGAAGCGCUUUUCCUGGCACGCCACGCGCCGAAGGAUGGAUUCACCGCUGUCGUCCUCAUUCAACAGCGGCCACACUUUCUGGCAAAAAUUAUGAAGGUUUUGGCCACAGUUGAGGACCUGUCGAAAAUGGUCGUAAUUUGGAACAGCGCCCAGCAACCACCUGACGAAGAAGCGAUAUUAUUUCUGGAUGAAGAUGUCGAUAUGCUCAUGAAAGAAGAUAUUGAAUUUGGCUAUCAGUUUUAUAACUACCUAUUCAACAAAAAAUUGACACCGGCAACGAAACGAUGGCUGGAUGCGAGGAUGGACUGUGAAGAUAUUGCGUUAAAUUUCGUAAUAGCUAAUUACAGCGAACUGCCACCGUUUAAGGUGACACCGGUCAGUGAGUUUGGCAGUUCUCGUGCAUUGACGCAGCACUACCUUGGAGACCAGAAACAAGUUGCCCUGCGUUACGAGUGUAUGCGGUACUUUUACGGCCUGUUUGGUGGCCAAAUCCAGUUGAAGUCUUCCAGAUUUCAAGUUGCACCUGUAUUACGCGAUCUGAACUAUCUACCUGCGGACAUGCAGUUAUUUCUUCGUCCUAAACCUUCGAUCGACAGGAAUGUUUAG